UGCCUUUAGAUACCGCCGCCCCCAUGCAAAAAGGUCCCUGGGCGGCAUUAUGCCCUCGAGAGACAGCAUGAAGCGGCAGAGAAGACGCAGCCCGCCUGAGGGAGGAAAAAGGCUCCCCCUCUCCGCUCCCGCCGGGAUACCUGAGGAGGGACCUUCGCUUCCUGCCUCGCCUUGGCGGCCCCGCCAGCUCAUGAGGAGAAGCAAUGGGCCACAUUUGCACGAUCCUGGUAUCUUUUAGAUGCGAAAAUGCAGCCACCAGGAAAAAUUGCAGCCAUGGCCAUCAUCCGACUUCAGGGGAAGCAUAAACCUGUGUACCAUGCGCUAAGUGACCUUGGAGAUCAUGUUGUCAUAAUAAAUACAAGGCACAUUGCUUUUUCUGGCAAUAAAUGGGAGCAGAAAGUGUAUUCAUCACAUACUGGGUAUCCUGGUGGAUUUCGACAAGUGACAGCAUCUCAGCUUCACCAAAGGGAUCCAAUAGCAAUUGUAAAACUGGCUACCUAUGGAAUGCUCCCAAAAAACCUUCACAGAAGAACUAUGAUGCAAAGGCUGCAUCUCUUUCCUGAUGAUGUUAUCCCUGAUGAAAUACGCAAAAAUCUGAUAGAGGAACUUCCACAGCCCCGCAAAGUUCCUAGGAAGCUAGAUGAAUAUACACAAGAGGAAAUCGAUGCUUUCCCAAAGCUCUGGUCCCGGCCUAAAGACUUCCGAGAAAGGUAGUGGGAAGAAUGUAAAAGAAUUUGAAGAAGAAGCUACAUCCCUUCUCUUUUCUUGAGGGCAGACACUGGAAGGCUCAGCAUUUCAGUUUGGUCAUUUGCAUAAACCUGUAAUUAUCUGCUCUAAAUAUUGGAAAAUAUUUUCAGGUAUAGGGCAGUAUUAUUUGAUAGAAAUGAAUAAUCUUUGACACAAAGUUAAUACUUAAGACAGGUGUUUUAUUUUUUUUAAGUCUGUUUCUUGCUAAGAGGUGACAAUAAAAAGUACUUUCCUGCAAA